AUGCAGACCCACUUGAACAAAUUCAGUAAGCAAUACAACACUUACAGAAGACAAAAGGAUCCCCAAACUGUGCUUCCCAGUGGCACCAGUGCAGACUUUUGCUAUCAGAACCCACAGGAAAUGUUUGGUGAAACCGAUCAAUUAAUUCCAGUACCUUCAGAUGAAAUCGAUAAACAAUUCGCUGAGAAAUAUCCUGAUAUACAAAGUCUCUUUUCAUAUACUCCAUCCUGGUUGUCCAUAAUUGCUGAUGCAACAAUGAUCACCUUAAAUCUGCAUCAUGAUCGGCUCAAGUUUGUAAACAUUAAUCAAGCAUUCUCCUUGAUGAAACAUGCAUUGAUUGCUCAGGAUUGGAGUGGGACACCCUUCGAGGGACUAGAAUUUAUUUGA